AUUCUAUUCCUUGGUACACGCUUCCUUUGUCUGUGCUUUGCGCCUGAUUCUUCAAAGUCGGCGCACUUCUUCAUCCCGAUCCACGUCUCCCUUCGAUCAGAAUCUCUCAGUUUCCCCAGUAUCUUGCAGGAUCAUUGAGAGAUGGCGGAUCGAUUGACUCGAAUUGCUAUAGUGAGUUCAGAUCGGUGCAAGCCGAAGAAAUGUCGCCAGGAAUGCAGGAAGAGCUGUCCUGUUGUCAAGACAGGAAAACUGUGUAUCGAGGUGACUCCUGCGUCCAAGAUAGCUUUUAUCUCGGAGGAGCUGUGCAUUGGUUGUGGUAUCUGUGUGAAGAAAUGCCCGUUUGAAGCUAUUCAGAUUAUCAACCUUCCAAGAGACUUGGAUAAAGACACGACCCACCGAUAUGGACCAAACACUUUUAAAUUGCACAGGCUUCCAGUUCCAAGGCCGGGGCAGGUUCUAGGAUUGGUUGGAACUAAUGGUAUUGGGAAAUCAACUGCUCUCAAGAUAUUAGCCGGUAAACUCAAACCGAAUCUGGGUCGGUUCAGUAAUCCUCCGGACUGGCAAGAAAUUUUGACUUACUUCCGUGGAUCAGAACUACAAAACUAUUUUACCCGUAUUCUAGAAGACAAUUUGAAGGCCAUCAUAAAACCGCAAUAUGUGGAUCACAUUCCAAGAGCUGUUCAAGGCAAUGUCGGACAGGUGCUUGACCAAAAGGAUGAGAGAGAUAUGAAGAAAGAGCUCUGCCGUGAUCUGGAGCUGAACCAGGUUAUCGAUCGUAAUGUUGGGGAUUUAUCCGGUGGAGAGUUGCAGAGGUUUGCAAUCGCUGUUGUUGCCAUACAAAAUGCAGAGAUAUACAUGUUUGAUGAACCUUCUAGUUACCUUGAUGUGAAACAAAGACUGAAAGCUGCUCAAGUUGUUCGUUCUCUGCUCAGGCAAAAUAGCUAUGUCAUCGUUGUGGAGCAUGACCUCAGUGUCCUUGACUAUUUGUCGGAUUUUAUUUGUUGCUUGUAUGGGAAACCAGGAGCUUAUGGUGUUGUGACCCUUCCCUUCUCUGUCAGGGAAGGAAUCAACAUUUUUUUGGCUGGGUUUGUUCCCACAGAAAAUCUACGAUUCAGGGAUGAAUCUUUGACAUUCAAGGUUGCUGAGACUCCACAAGAAAAUGCGGAGGAAGUAGAGUCCUAUUCCCGAUACAAAUACCCAACCAUGACUAAAACUCAAGGAAAUUUCAAGCUGAAAGUGAUGGAAGGUGAAUUCACCGACUCUCAGAUUAUUGUAAUGCUUGGGGAGAAUGGUACGGGGAAGACAACAUUUAUCCGGAUGCUGGCUGGUUUGUUGAAACCCGAUAGUGUUGAAGGAUCAGAAUCAGAGAUACCCGAGUUCAAUGUUUCUUACAAGCCCCAAAAGAUCAGUCCAAAGUUUCAAGCAUCAGUCAGACAUUUGCUGCAUCAGAAGAUUCGUGAUUCAUAUAUGCAUCCCCAGUUCGUCUCGGAUGUGAUGAAACCACUUCAGAUUGAGCAGUUGAUGGAUCAAGAAGUUGUGAACCUCUCAGGUGGAGAGUUGCAAAGGGUUGCCUUAGCUUUAUGCCUUGGAAAGCCUGCAGAUAUUUACCUGAUCGACGAACCAAGUGCAUAUCUUGAUUCGGAGCAGCGUAUCGUCGCUUCUAAAGUCAUCAAAAGGUUCAUCCUUCACGCGAAGAAAACUGCAUUUGUCGUUGAGCACGAUUUCAUCAUGGCGACCUACUUGGCAGAUCGAGUCAUCGUGUACGAAGGUCAGCCGUCUAUUGAUUGUACCGCGAAUUCUCCUCAGUCACUUCUCAGUGGAAUGAACCUCUUCUUAUCGCAUCUGAACAUCACGUUCAGACGGGAUCCGACUAACUACAGACCAAGAAUCAACAAAUUAGAAUCUACCAAAGACAGAGAGCAAAAGGCUGCUGGCUCAUACUACUACUUGGAUGAUUAAUACCCACCUACUCCUACAUAUAGAGAGUUGAAGAGAAUUGAGGGGCGUGGCUGGCCAUUGCCGUGAUGAAGAAGAGGCUGAUAUGUGUUUCCCUUAUUACUACAUGUGAUGGGGAGAUUUUGGGCAGAGCCAUCUUUUGAGUGUGUCUUCUCUCGAACAGGUUUUUGAUUUAUGUUUUGUUCAUCUUUUUUUUUGGGUUGCUUUCUGGGUUUGUCCAUUGGUGUUUUCGUGUGGGAUUUUAUCCUGCCGAGAGUUAUUUGUUGUCCUUAUUAAUAAUUAAAAAAAUAUAUGUGAUAGAUAGAAAUCUAACCUUCUGCUUCUCUUUAUUUAAGCACCUUUGGAUGUUACGAAGCACCUCUUUGUCACAGUUGUACCAUGGAUCUUGCAUUUGUACAUUCUCUUUUAACC